ACCAGCAGAACAAGACAGCACUUACAAUAAAACAGUCAAAGAAGAACUGUAACCAUUUCACAGAUGUGCAUGGUCUGCCUUGCAUAGAAAAUAUUGUGUCCACAGUGGAUGAGAAUCCUCAUCCAAUCCAAACAACCAUCAAGGGCAAAUUCCCACAAUGGAUCAACGGCAGUUUCUUGAGGAAUGGCCCUGGGAAGUUUGAAGUUGGAAACCAGAAGUUUAACCAUUGGUUUGAUGGCAUGGCUCUACUUCACCAGUUCAAAAUUUCCAAAGGACAGGUGACUUACAAAAGUCGCUUCCUCUCCAGUGACAGUUACCAGGCCAACAAUGAAAACAACCGCAUUGCUGUUUCUGAAUUUGGAACCAUCACUGUGCCAGACCCGUGUAAAAACUUUUUUCAACGCUUCCUCUCAAGAUUUGAAUUACCAAAGCCCACAGAUAAUGCCAAUGUGAGCAUUGUGACCUACAAAGGUGAUUACUAUGUAAGCACUGAAACAAAUAUGAUGCACAAGAUAGACCCUGAGACACUGGAGACGAUGAAAAAGAUGAACUGGAGCAAUUUUAUUGCUGUUAAUAAUGCCACUGCACACCCUCACAUUGAUCUUGAUGGAACAACAUAUAAUAUGGGGAACUCAUACUCCCUUAAAGGAUCAUAUUACAACAUUAUCCAAGUGCCUCAAACAAAAAACAACAACGAAGAAACACUUGAGGGAGCCAAGGUGCUUUGCUCUAUUCCCUCAACUGACAGUGCCAAACCCUCCUACUAUCACAGUUUUGCAAUGUCUGAGAACUACGUGGUGUUCAUUGAGCAACCCAUCAAGAUGGACCUAUUGAAGAUUAUAACAGGCAAGUUAACAGGAAAGAGCAUUAGUGACAGCUUCUUCUGGGACCCCACCCUCAAAACAAUCUUCCAUCUGAUUCACAAAAAAACUGGGAAGGUGAGUUCCCUAAAGUACCUUGCUCAGCCAUUAUCAACCUUCCACCAAAUCAACGCCUUUGAGGAUGAUGGUUAUUUAAUCAUAGAUUUAUGUGCAUCAGAUGAUGGUCAGGCAAUUUCAAACUACAAUGUCCAGAACCUUCGAAAGUCUGGAGAAGCUCUUGAUGAGGUGUAUAAUACUCUGUGUAGAGUCUUUCCACGUCGCUUUGUUCUACCUCUGAAUGUUGAUGAUAAGACACCCUUCCACAAGAACUUGAACAGCUUGCCCAACAGCUUGGCCACUUCAUUCAGGACUGGCAAUAACAAGAUACUCUGCACCCAUGAGGAUCUCCAUGGAGAAGACCUUCAUGAAUACGGUGGUCUUGAGUUUCCGCAAAUCAACUAUGGCAAGUACAACACCCGGCCCUACCGCUACUUCUAUGGCUGCGGCUUCAGACACCUUGUAGGGGACACGUUGAUCAAGAUGGACCUUCGGGGUAAAUGCAUGAAGGUCUGGGAACAACCUGGUCUAUAUCCCUCAGAGCCUGUCUUUGUACCCUCUCCUGAUGCCACAGAAGAGGAUGAUGGUGUUAUUUUGUCUGUGGUCAUCACCCCAAACAAGGACAAGAAUACUUUCCUUUUGGCUUUGGAUGCCAAGACAUUCCAAGAAGUGGGCAGGGCUGAGGUGCCAGUUAAUAUCCCAUAUGGCUUCCAUGGAACAUUCAAUGCCACAGCAAGGCCAUUUGAUGGUUAAUCAUACUUCAUAUUUCACUAAAAACUAUAUAAGACCAAAUCUAAAUAUA